AUGGCCUCCCUUUCUUCUCCCUCGUUUCUCGCUUUCGCAUUGGAGACAAGCCACAAACUCUCGACUCCAGGCCGCCGUUUCAAUCCCCUCCCCUCCGCUCGCCCUCGCCUCGCCGCCGUGCGCGCACCGCCGACAGCUACCGGAGCUGUGCAGGCUCCGGAGAGCUGCCUGCUCCCUGUGAUCCGCCGCGGGCCGGAGUACCUCCGCGUCGGGCGGCUGUUCCGCGGGUUAUCAUUUCCGUCGGCGCGCCGGUGGAGUGGAACCCCCCGUCGGGGGCCGCGCGUCGCCGAGGCCGCCGGUUUCGGCCCUCCCUCCCCUGCCGCGGUUCAGGAGAAAGUAUUUCUAUCUAAAAAGGAAAUCUUGAAUUGGACAUGUUAUACAUUGCACAUGCUUCUUCUGUCAGACCUCCCGGGUGUUGAGAACAUAACAAGAUUUAGCUAUAAAGAGUUGGAUAGGGCAACUGCAAGAUUUGACCAAUCCAAUAAGAUUGGUGAGGGAGGUUAUGGACCAGUUUAUAAGGGAACACUCAGGGAUGGAACAGCCGUUGCAGUAAAGGUGCUCUCUUUGCAGUCUAGGCAAGGCGCGAGGGAAUUUCUUAGUGAACUUAUUACGAUCUCUGAUAUUUCCCAUGAGAAUCUUGUCAAGCUUUAUGGCUGUUGUGUGGAAGGAAGCCACAAGAUCCUUGUCUAUAAUUAUCUUGAAAAUAAUAGCCUUGCACAAACCCUUCUAGGUUCUCAGCAGCAUAACAGCAUCCAGUUUAACUGGAGAACUCGAGUGAAUAUUUGCAUUGGUGUUGCCCAGGGACUAGCAUACCUCCAUGACGGUGUCCGACCUCAUGUUGUCCACCGGGACAUCAAAGCUAGCAAUAUACUUCUGGAUCAGGAUCUUACCCCGAAAAUUUCCGAUUUCGGCUUAGCGAAGCUUCUACCUUCAGAUGUAUCACAUAUUAGCACAAGAGUCGCAGGAACGCUAGGUUACUUGGCUCCCGAAUACGCCAUCCGAGGACAGGUGACCCGGAAAUCAGAUGUUUACAGCUUCGGCGUUCUGCUGAUAGAAAUAGUCAGCGGAAGAUGCAACACUGAUACAAAACUACCCUACGAAGAUCAGAUUCUUCUUGAGAAGACGUGGGCAUACUACGACCAGGGGCAGCUGGACGAGAUCAUCGACAGCUCCUUGGGCGACGACCUGGACGUGGAUGAGGCGUGCAGGUUCCUGAAGGUGGGCCUCCUGUGCACCAAGAACGUGACGAAACGGCGGCCCGACAUGUCGACGGUGACCCGGAUGUUGAAGGGCGAGGAGGACGUGGAGUUGCAUGAGAUCACCAAGCCCGACGUGAUCCGGGACUUCAGGGACCUGAAGCUGAGGAGCAAGGCCACGUCGUCGUCGCUGCUGACCUCCAUCGUGGCGCGCUCCUCGCCGUCGUCGUCGUCGUCCACCGGCAACACCACCCGCACCUCCAUCACCUUCACCGCCAUAUCGGACCGCCCCUGA